CGUCCACGAAAAACACACGCCAUCUUGGCUGGCCACGUUAUUUAGGAUUUUAAAAAACUAUUCCGGUUUCUACGUUUGCUCUGAAAUUACGAAGAAAACAUCGCUAUUUUUCCUGAGAAAUGGGUACAGUCGAUUCUUAUGGACCAGCCUCACAAACCUUAACUUUUCUAGACACAGAAGAAGCAGAUUUUGGUGCCGACACUCAGGGAAGUGAAUACGAGUUUCACGACUUUACCGUCCCUUCACAAACCCAAACACAGUCACAACCAACAGACGCUGAACAAAACCAAACAACUCUCUUGAAUGGAGAUAUAAUCAAGAAGAAGGAAAUUGCAUUGGAAGACACGAAGGAUGACACUUCUAAGCUGACAAACUCUCUUGGAGAACUGAACUUCGAAGAAGACGAAGACGAAAGUUUCUUUCCCAAAGACUUACCGGCUCACGCAUGCAGCUAUUGUGGCAUCCAUGACCCAGCUUCAGUGGUGCAGUGCAUUCAGUGUAGAAAAUGGUUCUGUAAUGGAAGAGGGAAUACUUCUGGAAGUCAUAUUAUUAACCACCUUGUAAGAGCUAAACACAAGGAGGUUACUCUGCACAAAGAUGGACCCCUUGGAGAAACUGUUCUAGAAUGUUACAACUGCACUUGCCGCAAUGUCUUUCUUCUUGGUUUUAUUCCUGCCAAAGCUGAUUCUGUUGUAGUCUUGCUAUGUCGACAACCAUGUGCGACACAGAGCAGUCUGAAAGACAUGAACUGGGAUCAAAGUCAGUGGCAACCUCUCAUUAAUGACCGUUGCUUUCUGUCGUGGCUGGUCAAAGUACCUCCAGAUGAGGAUCAACUCAGGGCUAGACAGAUUUCUGCCCAACAAAUAAACAAACUGGAAGAAGUGUGGAAGGACAACCCAGAAGCCAAGCUAGAAGAUCUGGACAAGCCUGGGGUAGAUGAUGAACCUCAACAGGUCCUCUUGAGGUACGAAGAUGCAUACCAGUACCAAAACAUCUUUGGACCUCUGGUUAAACUAGAAGCUGACUAUGAUAAAAGACUCAAGGAAUCACAGACGCAAGGAGAUAUUGUGGUUCGUUGGGAUAUAGGAUUAAACAAGAAGAGGCUUGCAUUCUUUACAUUCCCCAAGACUAAUGAUGAGAUGAGGUUGAUGCCAGGUGACGAGUUACGCCUGAGGUACCUAGGUGAACUACACAAGCCAUGGCAGGGUGUUGGACAUGUCGUCAAGGUUCCUAACAACUUUGGUGAGGAGGUUGGUAUCGAAUUGCGAAGCAAUGUUGGAGCCCCUGUGGAAUGUACACACAACUUUGUUGUGGAUUUUGUAUGGAAAUCGACAUCAUUUGACAGGAUGCAGGCUGGAAUGAAGACCUUUGCAGUAGAUGAGACAUCUGUCAGUGGAUAUGUUUAUCACAAGCUUCUUGGGCAUGAUGUCGAGGAACAAAUGGUUAAAUGUCAACUUCCUAAGAGGUUCUCUGCCCCUGGUUUACCAGAACUGAACCACUCCCAGGUGUAUGCUGUCAAGACAGUAUUGCAAAGGCCUCUUAGCCUCAUUCAGGGUCCCCCUGGUACAGGAAAGACUGUGACCUCUGCAACUAUUGUUUAUCAUUUGGCCAAACAGAACAAUGGGCAAGUCCUGGUCUGUGCACCAAGUAAUAUUGCUGUUGAUCAACUUACAGAGAAAAUCCACAAGACAGGAUUAAAGGUCGUUCGUCUUUGUGCUAAGAGCCGUGAAGCCAUUGAUUCCCCAGUUGCUUUCCUAGCUCUCCAUAAUCAAGUAAGAAACAAUGAAAGUGUUCCUGAACUACAAAAGCUUCAGCAACUCAAGGAUGAACUGGGAGAACUGUCAGCCACUGAUGAGAAGCGAUAUCGAUCUCUAAAGAGGAACUGUGAAAGAGAGCUCCUUCAGAAUGCUGAUGUGAUUUGUACUACCUGUGUUGGUGCUGGUGAUCCAAGACUGUCCAAGUUCCGUUUCAGGACAGUUCUAAUUGAUGAGUCCACACAGGCUACUGAACCAGAGUGCAUGGUACCAGUCGUACUUGGUUGCAAACAGCUCAUUCUUGUUGGUGAUCACUGUCAGCUUGGUCCUGUUGUGAUGUGCAAGAAAGCAGCCAAUGCUGGACUGUCACAGUCAUUGUUUGAGAGGCUUGUUGUGUUAGGUAUUAGACCCAUACGUCUGCAAGUCCAGUACCGUAUGCACCCAGUCCUUAGUGAGUUUCCAUCCAAUCUCUUCUAUGAUGGAACACUUCAAAAUGGAGUUACUAUCGCUGAAAGACUUCAGACUGGUGUUGAUUUCCCUUGGCCUGUCCCAGACAAACCAAUGUUCUUCUACGCAACGAUGGGACAGGAAGAGAUUGCUUCAUCAGGAACAUCAUAUCUCAAUAGAACUGAGGCUGCAAAUGUAGAGAAGAUUGUCACAAGAUUCUUAAGAGCCGGUAUAAAACCAGAACAGAUUGGUGUGAUCACACCCUAUGAAGGACAGAGAGCAUACCUUGUACAGUAUAUGCAGUUUAGUGGAUCACUUCAUGCUAAUCUAUACAUGGAAGUAGAAGUGGCAAGUGUGGAUGCUUUCCAAGGCAGGGAAAAAGAUUACAUCAUUUUAUCAUGUGUGCGUUCUAAUGAGCAUCAGGGUAUUGGUUUUCUUAAUGAUCCACGUCGUUUGAAUGUGGCAUUGACAAGAGCUAAGUAUGGAAUCAUUCUCAUUGGAAACCCCAAAAUUCUAUCCAAGCAACCACUGUGGAACCAUCUACUGAACUACUAUAAAGAAAACAAAGCCCUUGUGGAAGGUCCUCUGAAUAACUUGAAGGAAAGUGUGAUACAGUUCAGCAAGCCUAGAAAACUGGUCAACAGAACUAAUCCUGGAGGACGAUUCAUGACAACUACCAUGUUUGAUGCCCGUGAGGCUCUUAUACCAGGAGGAGUAUAUGACAGGCAGAUGCCCAGGAUGGAUCAUAAUGCCUUCCAUGACCAAUAUUACCGUACCCAUGACCGUUUAGGAUACAUUGGUGCUGAGAGGGCCAUCUCACCUGCUGCUGCUGCUAGUAUUCCUGUUCCUGUCGGCAUGUUUAUUCCACCUGUCCCAUCUCCUCACCACUCCUUCUUUGGACAGAUGUCAGGAAGGAUGCCACAUGGCCGUGUUCCUCAACAACAAAGACCCAGAGGGCAGCGUCAGCAGCAAGGUGUUCCAUACCCAGUGCAUAUACCUGCUAGCCAAGCCAGUCAGGAUGCCUCCCAGCCUCUGUCUCAAGGUCCUCUGACCCAGGGUGGUAUGUCAGCUAUCAGUCAGCCUUUGGCCUCGCAGCCCUUAUCCCAGCCAGAUCUCUCACAGGAUAGUUAUCUGGGGGAUGACUUCAACCUCAAGUCCCAGGCAGAUGCUGUUCUUUCUCAAGACUCCACGUACCAAGGAGAUAGAGGAGGAUAUCUGAACUCUCAACCAGAUUAUGCCUCUCAACCAAACUAUGCCUCCCAGUAUUGAAUCUGCUACUUGAAAAGCAGCAGUAAGGUGGCUCACUACCAUCAGAGUGACCUUACCCAUGACAACCUCCCGGUUGUGUCAUGGUAACAAGAAUGCUGCAGUGUUUCCAUCAGCAUGUCUCCAUAACAAUUCCUGGAAAUGACAAUGAUGUGGUAAAGUUGACACAAGUUGUCUUGUGUUGUACUUGACCACUAAAUGGAAUGCUAUCUUAUCAGACAGACAGGCAAAUAACAACAAUAAUAGCAAUGAAGCAAUAACUGUCAGUAACAAGGCUUGAACAUGUACCUUUAAAACUAAAAUGGGCACUUAUUUGAACAGUACUCAACCUCUGUACGUUCAUGAUAAAGAAUACUUGAAGCUCAUAAAGUGUCCAUUUAUGAUCAUGCUACAGAUAUCAUCAGUUAGUUCAAAGGUGCAUAUUUGAAAUAAGUAGAAUAAUCAGCACACUUUCAGUCAAUGUGCUUUGCCUUUUCUUACCAAGUUUGUUAGAAAAUUGAUGUGUUUGUAUGCAAAGUGCUCUGCUUCCCAACCUUUUAUAGUUAGGAUUUGUGAUGACCACAAGUUCAAAUUUUAAGUUGAUUAUAACUGCUUCACAAUCAAGCCAUGAACAAUGAUAGAUAGCUGAGUGUCAAUUUGGAAAGAGGUCAAAUGGAUAUUGUUUUUGGAGUUAAACUUAACUCUACCAGAUGCCUACUUCAUCAAUGUACUCAAUAACAUUUUUACUUUAUAUGUUUUACACGGUCACAUGAAGGCAGCCAUGUUGGAUGAUGUUCUGCCCACCAACAUGGCAGUUGUCAUGGAAUUUUGUAAAACCUCGUCUCUCUUUACUACAGAGGUUACAGAUCUCACCAUUAGACAAACAACAAUACAGUACUCUAUAAAUGCGAAUAACAUUUAAUGAUCAAUAAUAAUAUAAUUUCUCUGCUUGAAACACCUUGUUUGCCAAGAUGUUGUAUGCAGGGUUUUCUCACUUGCAUAAUAUCUGCUUCACUGCAAACAUGUAUCCCUACUCACAUCGCUGACGGUUUCUUAGUUAACUCACUAAUGCAUAAUAGUUAUUAAUGCUGUAAAAUAUGGAUAGAAUCAUCAUUUCUUGGAAGAUGCUGGUAGUUUGGAUAGGAAAACAAGUUACCAUUGGACACAUUUUCAUUAUUAGAUAGAUUAACUAGUUACAAAUCCAAAUCUGUCAAAAUGAUCCCAACUGACUUAGGUCAGCCCCAAAUUUGUUUCAGGAUUAAAUAAAAUUCGAUUUGGUUUUGACAGCACAGGUCACAAAAGUAUGGCCACAUUUACAUGCUUUAUCUGGUAAAACCAACCAGCUUUGCAUCCAAAUGUGUCAGCUUAACUUACAAAAUAUUGCUGGUCAUACUUUUGUACGUCGUGCUAAGUAACGAUAGUCUAAAAUAAGUAUAUUGACAGAUUUAAAAACACCAAAUACAUCUGGCCGUGGUUAAUUUUUCACUUCUGCUGCAUCAAAAAGAAAGAUUCAUGUACUUACUAAAAACGAAAUGCACCACUGGUAAUAAUAAUUGAAAGAGUAAUAAACCUACAGUUCCUUCAUU